GAACUGCAAUACCCACAAUCCCCCACUACUGCCAGUAAUUGAGGAAGUGUAACAGAAACGUCGGCGUUGGCAUUUCCUUCGCAGUAUUUUGGUGUACACAGAAUUAUUCGCAGAUUACACACAAAUGAAGACAUGGCAGAAAAGAUCCAGCAGCUGGAGUCUGUGGUGAUCAGCAGCCUCAGGCGGUUUAGAGACCGCUAUUUUCCAGAGAAAGUUGUCAAAGACGACUCGGCUGUUGGAGACUCGGGAAAAGAACAGCAGUAUGGACUUUUGGACAGCUUACCAGUAGAUGUACAGUUUCUGAUCAUGACCUUUCUGUCACCUGCGGAUCUCUGCCACCUGGGAGCCACAAGUCAUUACUGGAGGGCCAUGGUUAGAGAUCCAUUACUGUGGAGAUACUUCCUGCUGCGUGACAUGCCGUACUGGCCCUCCAUUGAUCAUGUGACCAUACCCCAUCCAGACUUGCUGGAUACACCACUAAUAAGUGAAGACAUGAGCUUAGAUGAUAGAGAAGAGGGGAAUGAAGGAAUGAAACUGCAAUUUGACUACAUGUCAGAAUACCUGAAAGGUUGUCCAUCCUCCAGACAGCAAUGGCUUCCUUCGCGACCGGCGUAUGAGGUGGUGACCUCAUUUCUUCAGUUGCUGGUACCCUCAUCUGAACCGCGUUAUGCCAUGUUUGGCCCUGGCAUGGAGCAGCUGGAUGUCUCUUUAGUCACAAGGCUUAUGCGUGCUCCAGAUAUACUUCCUGUGUCAGGCACUCCACACAGACAGAUAAAUGGUGUUGGCUCGGGGAUCAGUUAUGUGUUCAACAACCAACACAAAUUUAAUAUCCUCACUCUCUAUUCAACCAACAGUAGAGAGAGAGAAAGAGCCAGAGUGGAGCAAGAGAGCUUCAGCAAUAAACUCUUUAACUUUGAAGGAACUGACGACUCCGGGGACCCAGUGUACAUUCCUGCUCCUCAAGUUCAGCAGGUGUGCCAGGUGGUGGAUGGUUUCAUCUAUGUUGCUAAUGCAGAGCCCGGGAGAGGUGAUGAAAAGUCUGAGGUAGCCCAGAUUCGAGCUGUGCUGAACUGCAGUAAGGGUUCCAUGUCCAAGCCUCUGCUGGUGCUCUCAUGUGUCUCAAGAGAACAACCAGAAGCAAUUAGAACUCCCAGCAUUAGAGCUAGGUCUCGAACUCCCUGUGUUGACAUGGCAAAGAGACUUGGCCUACCCCAGCUGCCUAACCCAUGGAUGGUACAGGAUACAGUGGCCGAAUCCUUGUCGGGUCUUCUGGAUGGCAUUUCCUGGCUGCUGAGAUGUUCUGGAGUCAAACUCUACUAACACCUGCUGUUGCCGCAUGAAUCAAAACAGCAGACAUCAUUGCUAUUUUUUUUUUUAUACCAGUACAUACUGGGACAUUCCCUGAGUAAGACGUGUUCUGAAUGUCUCAGGACUGAAGGUGUGCCAAUAAGUGAACUAGCAGCAGAAGAAAAUAUUUGAUAAAUAUUCAUCUGGGAGACCUAAGAAAGACUGUUCUUAUUGACACAAAGAUCCACAUGAAGGAGCCGCACACUAACUUGACAAACAACUUUCAUUUAACACUAUUCUCAGGGCGACAAACACAUGAAGUUACAUCAACAAUUAUUGCUGUGGAUGAAGCAACAGAACAGCAGGAACAUACAGCCAGACAGGCUUGGAUAUAAAAAUUAGAAUAACAUUAAAAUCCAAUUAAUUACUUUAGCACUUUAUGUAAAUAAUCAUUUAAAAGCAUAAAUGCUGCUUUAAUUUAUGCAUAUCAUGACAGGCAUAGUGAAUUACUCAUUAGUCAUAUGUCCAAAUGUUUUAACAUUUGAUAAAUGUUAUUUUAAAUGCUUCAUUAGGAUCUUAAUUGUGUUAAAUGGCUUUGUUUUAAGGGUAAUUUGUGUUUAAAUCUAGAUUUUACAGCUAACCAUGUAUGCUUCCUACAGAAAAUCUGCAACUUUCAUACAAAAUAUUUUGCCUUCUGAGCAAAGGUUUAUAUAUACAGCAAAUGUAAACAUACAAUUUAAAUGUAUUGCUUUAUAAAAAUAGUUUUUCAUAGUGUAGUGGUUUACACAUUCACCAUGAAGAUCCCCAGUUCAGGAAGGUCAUCCAGUGUAAA